AUGUCUGCAAGAAACGAGUUGAAAGAAUAUGCGAACCGAAACUCUGAAUUGAUGAAGGUGAGCUCAGACUCAGAAUUGUUAUUAUCGGUUUGCACAGCCUUCAUUCAGAGAGAAGAGAGAGAUCAUCAGAAAGAGAUGAAAGAAUUGGAAGCUUCGAUUAAAGCGACGAUGAACGAGUUUACGAAAGCAAGAAAGAAUCUGUGAGUUCUUGACGAUUCACUGUUGCUGGAAAUGGCUAUUUCAGAGAGAAACAGAAGGAGAAGGACAAGGCCGAAGUUGAAGUUCUCAAAUUGGAACAUGAGAAGACAUUGAACACGAAGAGGUCGGAGAUCAGAGAAAUGCAAAAGGUUUGAACCGUUUCUCAUACAGACGUCUAGUGUACGUUUUAGUUUAGAAAAAUCUCGCGGAAAUAAGCAAGAAGAAGGAGGAACUGCAGGUACUCGAAACCCAAUUCGAAAACGGAAGAAGAAGUACUUCAAACGCGAUGGCCGGAGAGAAAAUCGUUCGCAAACUGAACUUCCAACUGUUCGAACUGAACCGUCUGUGGCUGCUAGUGACGGAAGAGCACGAAACGAUUCUUGUGAUGAACGGGAUCGGAAGUAACUGGCUUAAGUGGAAGGAUGUGUUUGUGAAUGCGCUGGGAGACAUGAAGGAGAAGAAGAAGGAGAUGAACGACCGCGUGGCCGAACUGAAAACCAACGCAGAUCUGCAGAAAUACGUAACCAGCGGCAACGUUUCGGAGAUUCUGCAGCACAUUGGAAAUCCACUGCAAAGAUUGGACCAGCUGGAGAGAGUUGCUGUGAGAAGCACUUUUCUUUACACGACUUCAUUAACUUUUUUUUUUCAGAAAACCGGAAUACUGGGAGAUGUCAACGCGUUGCAGAAGGAAGUGAUGGAAGUCGGCAAAUGGGUCCAGAAGCUGCGCGAGGUUAGGUUGGCUCCGCCGAGGACCGUCAUGCAGGUGCUCGACAGCGAAGGCGUUUUCUCCAUCAUCAAUAGCUAA